CCGGCCAAAUAAAGUGAAGUCAAUGCUCUGGCCGGGGUGGGGCGUUUAAGAUAUGAUUAAAGUCGGAAGGGCUCAGCUCAGCGAUCACCAACAAGUGCCGUUCUCCCAUCGGCCAUCGGUCCCGUCGUCCGUCCAACUUUUGAACCCCAUCAACGCCGAUGCCACAGAUCUCCUCCACUCCACCACCACAAUAACCACCGCAACGCCGCCACCGUCCCCUUGAUCAAUCCCUCUCUCUCUCUCUCUCUCUCUCUCUCUCCAGAAGACACCAAAAUCGAGGCAUUGAAGAAGAAGAAAAAGAACAGAGUAAUUUUUGGUUUUGGUUUUUCUACAGCAAUGGCAGCCCUAAUCUACCACAUAUUCUCCUCCUCCGCCCUGGUCUCCCUCGGCCUCUACCACGUAAUCUCCGCCACCAGGAACCACCUCAAAUCCCCCCGCGACUACUCCGCCAAACCCUACCACCCCUUCCCCUCCUCCUCCUCCCUCCCGCCGCCCUUCCACCGCCUCAAGUACCUCCAGCUCUACCUCCUCAUCCUCUGCCUCCUCGUCGCCUUCGCCCACCAGGCCCUAAUCUCCACCGACUCCGACCCUCUCCUCAAGGGCCGGACCCCAGUCCACUUCUUCACCUCCCUCCAGUCCGCCUUCGUCAUCCUCCUCUUCCUCCUCCUCUCCCUCUCCCUCCUCCUCUCCGAAACCACCUCCCUCCUCCCCCUCCCCACCGAUCUCUUCUUCGGCGUCGCCUCCGGCCUCUUCUUCCUCCAGUACACUGUCUCCUCCUCCGCCGCCUCGGUACAGACCUCAGAUCUCCAAGCCAAAUGCGACUCCGUCUCCGCUCGCAUUUCAGCCUUAUCAUCCAUCCUUUCCCUCGUGCUCGCGUGCCUGCCGAGGCUCUUCGUGGCCGACGUCGGGAUAGGGGCUUCGAUAUGCCUUCAAGGGCUGUGGACCCUUCAAACGGGGCUUUCACUGUAUGUAGAUGCUUUUAUACCAGAAGGAUGUCAUAAGCUGUUGGUUGUUGUGAGUGGCGUGGAGGGGUCCACUAAAUGCGACUUGGAUGAUGCUAAGUUGAGGGCAGUUGCGAUUUUGGACCUGGUGUUUGUGAUUCAUGUUAUGUUUGUUGUAGUCAUUGUCAUGGUUACUUAUGCUGCUGUUGUUAAGACUGUUGGAAUUAGGGCUAGGUUUGGCUCUUACGAGGCGUUGCCAACUGCCGCCGCUGUGGUUUCUGCUACCGAUUCUAAUCACAUCCAGAUGAAGGCUUUGACGGGGACCCAGGCUUGAUUGAUUUAUCUCUGGUUCUUUUUUUUAACCCCCCCUGUCAUUUCUUAUCUAUGGAUGGUUUUUGGUUAGUGCUAAUGAUUUGAAUUUUGAAGAACUUGUUGGCCCAAUUUUGGUUGUGACAAGGUGUUGGAAGGUUGAGAGUACUUGGGGGAUUUCAGUGUAUAUGAAGACAAUUAGUGUCUUUCUUGUUUGGAAAACUUGAGUUUUACCAUCCUUGAAUUUUCUUCUCCAGUAUGAAGUGGUUACUAAUGAAAGUACAUUUUCCUA